AUGAAGCUCAACAUCUCCUACCCGGCCAAUGGGUCUCAGAAGAUCAUCGAGGUUGACGAUGAGCGCAAGCUCCGUCCCUUCAUGGAGAAGCGCAUGGGAACCGAAGUUGCCGGCGACUCUCUCGGUGACGAGUUCAAGGGUUACAUCCUCAAGAUCACCGGUGGUAACGACAAGCAAGGUUUCCCCAUGAAGCAGGGUGUUCUCCUCCCCACCCGUACCCGCCUCCUCCUUGCCGAUGGCCACAGCUGCUACCGCCCCCGCCGCACUGGUGAGCGCAAGCGCAAGUCCGUCCGUGGUGCCAUCACCGGUCAGGACCUCGCUGUUCUUGCCCUGAGCAUCGUCAAGCAGGGUGAGGGUGAGCUUCCCGGUCUCACCGACACCGUUGUCCCCAAGCGCCUCGGCCCCAAGCGUGCCACCAAGAUCCGCCGCUUCUUCGGUCUCGACAAGAAGGACGACGUCCGCAAGUUCGUCAUCCGUCGUACCGUCACCCGUGAGGGCAAGCCCGACUACACCAAGGCCCCCAAGAUCCAGCGUCUGGUUACUCCCCAGCGUCUCCAGCGCAAGCGCCAGCGCAUUGCCCUCAAGCGCCGUCGUGCUGAGGCUGCCCGUGAGGCUGCUAACGACUACGCCAAGCUCCUUGCCAGCCGUGUCCACGAGGAGAAGGCCAAGCGCGAUGAGCUCCGCAAGCGGAGAGCGUCUUCGAUGAGGAAGUAA